UCCAGCAGCCGGCAGAAUACGCAGUUUCAAGAAACUGUCCUUACAAAGCUAACACGAAAUUCUCCCUAAACCAGUAAGGUCAGUAUCCUAUAGUGCAGCCAUUACACAUCUAAAGUAGUUCAUGUUUGCAGUGAAGAAGCGUUUUUGCUACUUAAAAAAAAGCCCAGAAGUGACCAGAGGUGCUGACUUCCUCGGUUGUCCUGACAGAAACAUUUCGUGCUACCAAACCACGGGAGAAACAAAACUGGAGUGGCUUCCUGUCGGGAACGUGAAGCUGUGUUGCUGUUUCCUCCCCACACAAGCAUGGUGGCAGACAGCAGGAAGCGAGUCUUUAAGCUGUUGUCCCGGUUCGGGGCGAUUAUUCUGACCCGUUUCGGGUUCUGGAACUGUUUCAGUAUGUUAAUGCUGUUCGCCGAGCGGGCCGACAUCAAAAGGAAGCCCGAUAUUCAAGUUCCUUACCUGUACAUCGACAUGGGCGUUGCAGUGCUGUGUGCGAGCUUCAUGUCCUUCGGGGUGAAGCGGAGAUGGUUCGCUUUGGGUGCCGCGCUGCAGUUGGCAAUCGGCACUUACGCGUCUUACGCAGGGAGGCAGGUGCAUUACGGAGACUGGCUGAAGGUACGGAUGUACUCUACAGCCCUCGCCGUUACUGGCGGGUUUCUGGUUCUGGCGAGCGGGGCUGGGGAGAUAUACAGGCAAAAACCGCGAACCAGGUGGCUGCAGUCCACAGGACAGGUCUUCCUGGGAAUCUAUUUGGUCUGCGUGGCAUAUUCCCUCCAGCACAGCCAAGAGGACCGUCUGGCAUUCCUGAAUCACAUUCCCGGAGGAGAGAUCCCACUGCAGCUGCUCUCCGUGCUUUAUGGAGUGCUGGCGCUCUCCUUCUUCUCGGGGUACUACAUCCGCAGCGCCGCCCAGAUCCUCGCCAUCAUCAUGCCCCUGGUCAUCCUCUUCAUCAACGGGAACCUGGGUUACUGGCACCAGGGCCACCGCGUGGAGUUCUGGAACCAGCUGAAGCUGCUGGGGCAGAACGUGGGCAUCUUUGGGGCCGUUCUCAUCCUGGCCACUGAUGGCUGAGCCUGGCUUGCUUUCACAGUCUCAUUCAAGUAACGAUGGGGUGGAAAAACACUAAAGUGAACUCGUUUCACAAUCAACACUUUAAAAAAAAAAAAAAAAAAAAAAAAAAGAGCACGGGGGUCAAAAACAAAAACUGAAAACAGAGACCUACAUGUAUGUAUGUAUGUAUGUAUGUAUGUAUGUAUGUAUGUAUGUAUGUAUGGCAGCUGACUGUUUGAUUAUAUGCUCACGUGUAUUGCUUGCAGUAUUAUCACAUCGGUUGAACUGUCACUACAAUAUUCUGGUGCACUUGCAGAUUUGAUAGAGGGGUAGAGCCAGUAAUACAUUAAUGUAGGAUUACAUGCCUUUCUCUUGAUUAAAAACGAUCUUGUGCGUCA